AUGCAGCUCACCACCAUCCUAGCCGCACCCCUCCUCCUGACCACCGCCCUGGCCCAAGUCGCCUCCGUUUCAUGGGACAACCUCGGCCACAUCCGCGUCUACACCCAGGACGGUAACGGCAACAUCCACGAAGCCCAGUAUGACGGCCAAGGCUGGACCGGUCCAGGUUUUAUCGGUGCUACCGCUAAGAAGGGGACUGCGAUGAGCGCGGUGAAUUCUGGCGAUCGGCUGCGUGUAUACUAUCAGGACCCCAAUGGAAGAACCCAGGAGCAUGUGUACGAGCAGUCGAGUGGGUGGGUCAGGGGCGCGCGCAUCCCGGCCAGGUCUUAG